AUGGCAACUACGUUCCCUCUCUUCCAGCGCUUGCCUACAGAGCUGCGUCUUCAGGUAUGGAGUGAAACUCUGCCUAAAAGAAUCCAGAAUCCAUUAUACUUUUAUACAAAAAGGUGCUGGGAGCCUCGACAUCUAACAGAAGCUGAUAGCGACUACGAUCCCGAUGCGGAGCAUAACAUAAACUUGGAAUUCUGUCACGAGCACCUAGACCCUCUCGAGGUUGAAGUGCCGCUGUUUUUUGUGAAUCAUGAAGCCCACAGUUUGGCCUUGGAGUGGAUUAGAAGACAGGGUCUAAAACUUUGCUUCAAUCAAGAAAAGCAGUCACUAGUCUUUCUCCGGCCAUUCCAUCCGGAAUCUGAUACACUCUAUGUCUCAGAGGAGAAAUGGACUGAGUUUCAUUGUGAUCCAGUUGAUCGACUGUUCGGAGUAGAUCUCGAGGAUAUAAGUGUUGGUUCUCCCGCUCCGGCCUUCACCCGCCUUGCUGUGCCAGACGAACUGCUUUUAAAAGACCCGGAUGCAUUUUCGGAGUUAUUCGAAAACUAUUACGGGUUUGACGAAAUUUUCAUUAUUCUUCGCGGUCAGUCCAACGGUUAUUGGUACGACAUAAAGGAUAUUCAGCCUCAAGAGUGGUGGGAGUUGGACACGGUAGACGCUCAGAGACCGAGCUUUCGCUGGAACCUUGGCACUAAGAGUUUUCAGUGGACGGGUUAUGACGGGGAUAUCCGUGAUUGUCCUUUGUACGAUGUAUUGCAGCAUGCCAGCUCGGAGCUGACCUCAAAGCUGCUUUAUGUCGGAAAGGAGCGCUUUGAGAUUCGUCCUGUCUUUGUCAUUAGAAAGUGA